AAGAAAAGUUACACUAACAUAUUUUAAGUUAAAGACAUUUCAUCAUAUAACUGUAAUACUUAAAAGCAAGUCAAGCAACAACGGAAAACCGAUUGCGGCAGGCUGCCAGAAACCCAAAAAAAAAGUUUAAGUUUUCCUGCAUUCUUCUGUUGAAGAAAAUCUAAUCAAAGCUUGGCCAGCAGCUGGAGAUGUUUUCAUGUUCACCUGUGCUGGCUGCAUUUUAAAUAAACGAGGCAAGCCAUCAAAAAGAGAGGCAAAAAAAAAGAAAAACGUGAAAAAGUCUUUGACAGGAAUAGCGCAGGGCAAACAUCAUGUCUCAGCAUUUCACAUCGAUAUUUGAGAAUCUGCGCUUUGUGACCAUCAAACGUACUCCAAAUGCGCACCAGCAGCAGCAGCAGCAGCAACAGCAACAGCCACCACAACAAUCGCCGCUGCCUACAGUGAAAGCAACGAGCAUCGAACAAAAUAAAUUCAAAGCCAAAACUCAGUCAACAACAGCGCCAACACCAACGCCAAUACUAAACGGCAAUGGGCUCUCGAGCACAAAUCUUGAUGGUGGCGGUGAAGUGGACCACAGCAGAGGCGCAGCAGUUGCGGCCACAGCAAGUGGUGGUGGCGUUGGUGGCGGCGGCACGCCGCUGAAGCACCACAAGCGCACCAAUGUUACCACAACAUCGCCGCAACCGGCAAGGGGCGAACGUCGUGGCACCAACACCAGCAUCGUUGUGGAGUUGGACGAUGGGAUUAAUGGGAGUGGAAGUGGCAGUGGUGGUGGUGGUGGUGGUGUUGGUGGUAGUGGUGGCGGUGUUUGUGUCAAUACGGCAGGCGCCUCCGGCAGUGGCACCGCAUCCAGCAAAAGUUCACGCGAACUUUCGCCCACACCAAAAAACCAACAGCCAAGAAAAAUGUCACAGGAUUAUCGUUCGCGUGCCGGCAGUUUCAUGCACCUGGACGACGAGGGUCGCAGCCUGCUGAUGCGCAAGCCAAUGCGUCUCAAGAACAUUGAGGGCAGACCGGAAGUGUACGACACGUUGCACAGCAAGGGACGAGAUAUAUUAUCCUGCUCGAAGGCUACCUGUACGAGCAGCAUCAUGGCCAUUGGAAAUGUUCCGGCUGAGGCGCGCAAAUCGGAUUUGGUGCUGGAGCACGCCAAGGAUUUUCUGGAUCAGUACUUCACUUCAAUAAAACGCUCCUCGUCGGCUGCCCACGAUACACGCUGGAAACAGGUGCGUCAGAGCAUAGAGACAACGGGACAUUAUCAGCUAACUGAAACGGAGCUAAUUUAUGGCGCCAAAUUAGCUUGGCGAAAUUCUUCUCGCUGCAUUGGCCGCAUCCAAUGGUCCAAGCUGCAGGUGUUUGAUUGUCGUUAUGUGACCACAACAAGUGGCAUGUUUGAGGCAAUUUGCAAUCACAUAAAAUAUGCAACCAAUAAAGGAAAUCUCAGAUCAGCCAUUACAAUAUUUCCACAGCGGACAGAUGCUCGUCACGAUUAUCGCAUAUGGAACAAUCAGCUUAUUUCCUAUGCUGGCUAUAAGCAAGCCGAUGCCAAGAUUAUUGGUGAUCCCAUGAAUGUAGAGUUUACAGAGGUUUGCACUAAACUCGGCUGGAAGGGCAAGGGCACCGAAUGGGACAUUUUGCCGCUGGUGGUGUCUGCCAAUGGUCACGAUCCGGACUACUUUGAUUACCCGCCGGAACUGAUACUAGAAGUGCCGCUGACUCAUCCCAAGUUUGAAUGGUUUACGGAAUUGGAUUUACGGUGGUAUGCAUUGCCCGCCGUAUCUAGCAUGCUGUUCGAUGUGGGUGGCAUACAGUUUACGGCCACCACAUUCAGUGGUUGGUACAUGUCCACAGAGAUUGGCUGCCGCAAUUUGUGCGAUACAAAUCGUCGCAAUAUGUUGGAGACGAUGGCGCUCAAAAUGAAUCUGGAUACCCGAACGCCGACAUCGUUGUGGAAGGAUAAGGCUGUUGUGGAAAUGAAUAUUGCUGUGCUGCAUUCAUAUCAGAGUCGCAAUAUAACCAUUGUGGAUCAUCACACGGCCAGCGAAAGUUUCAUGAAACACUUCGAGAACGAGUCCAAGUUACGGAAUGGCUGUCCAGCGGAUUGGAUAUGGAUUGUGCCGCCACUCUCGGGGUCCAUAACGCCAGUGUUUCAUCAGGAGAUGGCACUGUACUAUUUGAAGCCCUCGUUUGAAUAUCAGGAUUCCGCUUGGCGCACGCACAUCUGGAAAAAGGGACGUGGCGAAAGCAAAGGCAAAAAGCCAAGACGUAAAUUCAAUUUUAAACAAAUCGCUCGUGCUGUGAAAUUUACAUCGAAAUUAUUUGGACGCGCUCUGUCGAAACGCAUCAAGGCAACGGUUCUGUAUGCCACAGAGACGGGCAAAUCGGAGCAGUAUGCCAAACAAUUGUGCGAACUCUUGGGACACGCCUUCAAUGCACAGAUAUAUUGCAUGUCUGACUACGAUAUAUCCUCAAUUGAGCACGAGGCGUUGCUAAUUGUGGUUGCCUCCACCUUUGGCAAUGGAGAUCCGCCGGAAAAUGGCGAGCUGUUCUCCCAGGAAUUGUAUGCAAUGCGUGUGCAGGAGUCGAGCGAACAUGGUCUCCAGGAUUCCAGCAGGGGUGUCAGCUCAUCCAAGUCCUUCAUGAAGGCCAGCUCGAGGCAGGACUUUAUGAAGCUGCCGCUGCAACAAGUCAAGAAAAUCGAUCGCUGGGACUCGCUGCGUGGCUCCACCUCGGAUACCUUUACGGAAGAGACCUUUGGACCGCUGUCUAAUGUUAGAUUCGCUGUCUUCGCACUGGGCUCCUCGGCCUAUCCGAACUUUUGCGCCUUUGGCCAAUAUGUGGACAACAUUCUGGGCGAACUGGGCGGCGAGCGUCUACUGAGGAUUGCCUAUGGCGAUGAGAUGUGCGGACAGGAGCAAUCGUUCCGCAAGUGGGCACCAGAGGUGUUCAAGCUGGCAUGCGAGACCUUCUGCUUGGAUCCGGAUCAGAGUCUGUCCGAUGCAUCGAUAGCACUGCAAAAUGAAUCGCUUACCGUGAACACGGUUCGCCUGGUACCGUCUGUAAGCAAGACGUCGCUGGAUAGUGCCCUCUCCAAGUACCACAACAAGAAGGUGCACUGUUGCAAGAUCAAGACGCAGCCACACAAUCUAACCAAGCUGAGCGAGGGUGCCAAGACAACAAUGCUGCUGGAGAUAUAUGCACCCGGCUUGGAAUACGAACCGGGCGAUCAUGUUGGCAUCUUUCCAGCGAAUCGCAAGGCGUUGGUCGACGGACUGCUGGAGCGACUGGUUGGCGUCGACUCGCCUGACGAUGUGCUGCAACUGCAGCUGCUGAAGGAGAAACAAACGUCGAAUGGCAUCUUCAAGUGCUGGGAGUCCCAUGAUAAAAUUCCACCGGAUACGUUGCGCAAUUUGUUGUCGCGUUUCUUUGAUCUGACGACGCCGCCGUCGAGGAAGUUGCUCACCUUGCUGGCGGGCUUCUGCGAUGAUAAUACGGAUGCGGAGCGAAUGCAGUUGCUGGUCACUGACUCGUCGGCCUAUGAGGAUUGGCGUCACUGGCGUCUGCCCCAUCUUUUGGAAGUGCUCGAGGAGUUCCCCUCGUGUCGACCGCCCGCCUCGCUGGUGGUGGCACAUCUGACACCGCUGCAGCCACGUUUCUACUCCAUUUCAUCAUCGCCACGUCGCGUCAGCGAUGAGAUUCAUCUGACCGUCGCCAUUGUCAAGUAUCGCUGCGAGGAUGGUCAAGGCGAGGAGCGCUUCGGUGUCUGUUCCAAUUAUCUGGCCGGGCUGCGAGCCGACGACGAGCUAUUUAUGUUUGUGCGCAGCGCUUUGGGUUUCCAUUUGCCUGCGGAUCGCAGUCGUCCGGUGGUCCUCAUUGGCCCAGGCACUGGGAUUGCCCCCUUCCGCUCUUUCUGGCAGGAGUUUCAGGUGCUGCGCGAAGUGGAUGCGGCAACGGCACUGCCAAAAUUGUGGCUCUUCUUUGGCUGUCGUAAUCGCGACGUGGAUCUGUAUGCCGAGGAGAAGGCGCAACUGCUGCAGGAUCAAAUCAUGGAUCGUGUAUUCUUGGCACUAUCCAGAGAGCCAGACAUACCCAAGACAUAUGUGCAGGAUCUGAUUGAACAGGAAUUUGAUUCGUUGUACAAUUUGAUUGUCCUGGAACGAGGACAUGUGUAUGUCUGUGGCGAUGUCACAAUGGCCGAGCAUGUUUACCAGACCAUCAGGAAAUGCAUAGCUGGCAAGGAGCAGAAAACAGAGGCGGAAGUUGAGACAUUUUUGCUCACAUUGCGCGACGAGAAUCGUUAUCAUGAGGACAUCUUUGGCAUUACAUUGCGCACAGCUGAGAUCCACACAAAGUCACGUGCAACCGCAAGGAUUCGUAUGGCAUCGCAGCCGUAGUAAGGAUAAUACAAAUAUCUCGACUCUUAAGCAGCAAAGGAAUGUGUUUUGGUUUAACACGUCGUGCUUAACGUUUAAUAGCUUAAAGUGACCGAUCAAUAUUUACUAUUAUUAUUAUUAUAAACUAAUACAAA